CUAUAAAAUUUCAACAAAAUCAGUUUUAUCAUAAAACCGAAUCGAACCGAACCGAAAAAGUAACUUCAAUCAUCUUUGUAGUUUGGGAUUCUUGAUAUAAAAUUAGGUCAUAUCGUCAAAUAUGUAUCACCCAACGACUCACUUGUCGUCAAACCAAGAACACUAACCUUUUCACCAAACUCCCACACUGUUCUCUCUCUCUAUAUCUCUGCAAUUCGUAUAUAUAUAUAGAGAGAGAGAGAGGGACCAUCAAGUAAACGAAUGAGUGAAUUGGGCUUCUGACUUCCAUUUUCAACAAGCAACUCGCCUGACAAAAAAAAAAAAAAAACACCUUUGUGGGGUUUAUUGCUAUCUUGUUGGUGAGUUGAAUGGAUUCAAGAAGUUUAUUGGAGAAUAAUGGAGAUGGGUUGUUCCCAAAUUCAGGAAUAGGGUUUCUUUGGUGUCCUAGAGAUGAUAAUUUAUCUCAAUCUGGAGCCUUUUUCGCUAGUGUUGGGCAAAUGGGUAGGGGCAGUUUUGGAAGUAUAAAUGAUAAUGAAGGUGUCAAACUUCCAUGUUUAUCGAAGGUUGUUUCGACACCCGAAUCCAGAUUUAUGGUUCUUGAGGUACCGAAAGUGGAGGAAAAAGGGGCCUUUUUGAAGAAGAAAAGUGGGUUGAAGUUGAAGAUCAAGAUUGGGAAUCCGUCGUUGAGGAGGUUAAUUAGUGGUGCGAUCGCUGGAGCGGUUUCGAGGACGUGUGUUGCUCCGUUAGAGACGAUAAGAACUCAUUUGAUGGUCGGGAGUGCGGGGCAUUCUACUACUGAAGUUUUUCAAGAUAUUAUGCAUACCGAAGGUUGGACUGGCCUCUUCAGGGGUAAUUUGGUCAAUGUGAUUCGUGUCGCCCCUAGCAAAGCAAUUGAGUUAUUUGCGUACGAUACUGUCAAGAAAAGCUUGACUCCUAAAUCGGGAGAAAAGUCAAAGCCCCGUAUACCUGAGUCAUUAAUUGCAGGUGCUGCUGCUGGAAUUAGCUCCACCAUAUGUACCUACCCUCUUGAAUUACUCAAGACCCGACUCACGGUCCAGAGGGGCGUGUAUAAAAAUCUUGUAGACGCGUUUUUAAAGAUUGUGAAAGAAGAGGGCCCCGCAGAACUCUACCGAGGUCUCACACCAAGUUUAAUCGGUGUAGUCCCGUAUGCUGCUACAAACUAUUUCGCAUACGAUACAUUACGGAAGACAUACAAGAAAUUCUUGAAAAAAGAUGAUAUUGGAAAUAUCGCAACUUUGUUAAUCGGGUCAGCGGCUGGUGCGAUUUCAAGUAGCGCCACUUUCCCACUUGAAGUGGCCCGAAAACAUAUGCAAGCAGGUGCUGUAAAUGGGCGGGUCUAUGAUAACAUGCUUCAUGCACUUUUAACAAUUCUUGAAAAAGAAGGGGUUGUGGGUUUGUAUCGUGGGCUGGGCCCGAGUUGUGUAAAAAUAGUUCCGGCUGCUGGGAUUUCGUUCAUGUGUUAUGAGGCGUGCAAGAAAAUAUUAGUCGAGAAAGAAGAUGAUGAACCGUAGGUGAAGUCGAGAGAUAUGGUUGGUUUUGUUUUGUUUCUUGAAAGAUAAUAAAGAUUUAGUUUUUGUUCAUGGGAUGUUGGUCUAAUGAUCCAUAUGUGAUUCAAAGGGAUACUUGGAUGUUAGAUCAUUGAUUUAGAAUGAGAAAUUUACAUUUUGGAUUA